AUGCCAUUGACUAUAACACGGCGUUUCAGCCGAUUGAGCUUAGUCCCCCAGCUGUCUCGGGUAGCUUGCUCAAGCCGCUCGUUCUCAUCGACAGUCCGUCGACAUGGGAGCCGAUCCCCGGAUGCGCCGUUCCGUCUGGCGGUAGUGGGCUCCGGCCCGGCUGGCUUCUACACCACAUACCGGGUGAUGGGCAAAGUCCCAGGAGCGAAAGUGGACAUGUAUGAAAGUCUUCCAGUGCCGUUUGGUUUGGUUCGUCAUGGUGUCGCUCCCGAUCAUCCAGAGGUCAAGAAUUGCCAGGAGAAAUUUGAUGAGAUUGCAUCCUCUCCCAAUUUCACCUUUAUUGGCAAUGUCUCCAUUGGCCAUCCCGGUCAUUCCGCGAACCAUUGUACCUUAGAGCUGCAAAACUUGAUGCGCCAUUAUGAUGCGAUUCUAUUCGCAUACGGAGCCUCGGAAGACAAGAAGCUUGGGAUCCCCGGCGAGUCGACACUGAGCGGAAUAUACUCUGCCCGUGAAGUCGUUGGCUGGUACAAUGGUCUUCCUGACUGCUCCAACCUCAACCUGGAUCUAUCACAGGCUGAGGAGGCUGUCAUCAUCGGCCAAGGAAAUGUUGCCCUUGAUGUUGCAAGAGUGCUGCUAGAAGACAUUGAUGUUCUGAAAAAGACAGACAUCACAGAGCAGGCACUUGAGGCGCUAUCCCGGAGUCGGGUCAGACGAGUGCACGUUGUGGGAAGAAGAGGGCCUAUGCAAGCUGCCUUCACGAUCAAGGAGGUCCGAGAGCUGAUGAAACUCGACCAAGUUGGGUUCUUACCAUUCAACCGAUCCCUGGUCCCCGAAGAUCUCAAGACGUUGCCCCGUGCUUCCAAGCGGUUGAUGGAAGUUUUGGUCAAGGGCUCGCCGACACCGGCUGAAAGUGCGUCCAAGGUGUGGUCUCUGGACAGCUGUCUCUCCCCAAGGCACUUCCUCGGCAACCAAGACGCACCCUCCAAGGUUGCGAGCACCGAAUUCGACGUUACGGAGCUUGCAGAUCCUUUCGACCCAAAGUCAUCCGUCAAGGCAACUGGGCAAACCGCCUUUCUCCCCUCCGACGUAGUCUUCCGUUCCGUGGGCUAUAAGUCUGUGGCCCUGCCCGGAUUUGAGGAUAUUGGCAUCCAAUUUGAUGAGCGUCGGGGUGUCGUUGAUAACGACGGACUUGGCAGAGUCACGAGAAUGGUGUCUGACACACACGCCGAGGGUAUUCGGAACCAGCGAGUUCCGGGAGUUUAUUGUGCAGGCUGGGUCAAGAGAGGUCCAACUGGAGUCAUUGCAUCAACCAUGCAAGAUGCAUUCAUUACGGGCGAGGCAAUCGCAGAGGACUGGCUCUCGGGUGGUCAAUUCAUGAACACAUCCGAUGAGACGAGCGUGAGUGGUUGGGAUGGGCUGAGACAGGAAAUAGGGCCAUCAGCUUCCCAAGCCGUCGCAUGGGAUGAUUGGCGUCGGAUUGAUCAAGCAGAAAGAGAACGAGGGCAAAAGAACGGAAAGGAGAGGGAAAAGUUCACCAACACUGCGGACAUGCUCGCGGUACUUGGAUGA